CCUCACAUCUUUACCUACGUGCCACAACUACAUUUAUUCUAACAUGGCCGACCUCGUAUCAGGCAUUUCCAGACUCAAUCCGUUUUCGAAAAAAGAGAUCGAUGAUGAAGAAAAGGGAGAAUUUGUUGAUGCCGGGACCGUAGCAGGCGGCGGUCACGCAUCGAGGCAGUCGCAUAUCACAAAAGAUAAGCUGCGCGUGAGCGAGGUACUCAAGAGCUUCCUCGUCAAAGAGGGCGUUUUGCAAGAGUCCGAAGCCGGCCUUAAGAGUGAGGAGCCAAGUACGGCGUUGAGAGAGCUGCUCGACAGAAGCCACAUCAAGGUUCCGGCGGAGGUCAUCAACAGGGACCAUCCGCUCCCCGAGUACUUCAUCAGCUCGUCGCACAACACUUACCUGAUGGCACAUCAACUCUUUGGCGAGUCGCAUGCUUCUGCUUACGAGAUCGCGCUGCACACAGGAUCCCGUUGUGUAGAGAUCGACGCCUGGGACAACGAUGAUAAUCGAGAAGAGCCGAAAGUCACGCACGGGUAUACACUCGUCUCUAACAUACCAUUCCGCCAAGUAUGUGAGACGAUUCGCGAUGUCGUCGACAAAGAAGCUGCUAGCGAAAAGAAUGCUGCACCUAUCAUGAUCUCCCUAGAAAACCAUUGCGGAGCGCAUGGCCAGCUCCGCCUAGCGCAGAUCAUGCAAGAGGUACUUGGCCCCCGACUUCUCAGCAAGGCCAUUCGCGACAAGGGCACACGUGAACAAGAUGACUCAAGUAACCAUGAGCAUGUUACACUUGCUGAGCUUGGGAACAAAGUGGCGGUCAUCGUGGAGUACCAUCUACCCGAUGAGGAGGAAAGUAGCAGUAGCGAUUCGAGUUCCGACGAAGAGGAACAGAAGCAAGCUCAUCAUGAGUAUGCAGAGAAAAAGAAGGCCACUAAUGCUGGUACGAUCAUCCCCGAGUUGGCUGAGCUCGGGGUGUAUGCUCAGUCGGUCAAACCUGUCAACAACUCCUGGUUCGAAGCAGAGCUUGACAACGCGCCCCAUCACCAGCUUAUCAACGUCUCAGAGUCAGGUCUGAGAGCCCACCUUCCUGCCAACAGCGCUAAGAUCGCACGGCAUAAUGCGCACCACUUGAUGCGCGUCUACCCCAAGGGCACCCGCAUCUCCUCCAAAAAUCUCGCACCAGUACCAUUUUGGGGUAUUGGCGCCCAGAUAUGCGCUCUCAACUGGCAAACCUUCGGCGCAAGCUCGCAGAUCAACGAAGCACUCUUUGCCGGCUCUGGUGGCUAUGUUUUGAAACCGGCAGCACUUCGUGCAGGGGGCUCUGGUAACCUCAACACUGGACGCCGAAAGAAACUUCGCCUACACGUUGCCGGUGCAACAGACGUUCCCUUGCCAGAUGAUCGCGACCAUGAUGACAUCAAGCCUUACUUAACGUGUACCCUUGUGCAUCCUAACGACAUGAAUAACAUGCCACCCAAGCGCAAAACCGCCCCCUACAAGCCCCACAAAUUGACCGGCUUCAUGCACAAGGAUAACUCGCCCGCUAACGAUCCUGUCUGGAAAGAUGUCCUAGAAUGGGAAUUCGAGGACAACGAGUUGACCUUCUUACGCUUGUUAAUCAAAAGCGAUGACAGCUUCUCGCGAAACCCAAUCUUCGCUGUUGCAGCGAUAAGACUGAUGUAUGCUAUGCCCGGAUGGAACUUCAUUCGGAUGCUAGACUUGGGCGGUCAUGAGACUACAUGUACGCUGCUUGUCAGAUUCGAGCUUCUGGACAUCUAGGAGUAUUGGACCGGCAGUGAGUACGAGAGUGAUGAGCCGGACUGCAACAGAGGGUGGCUAUGUAAGGUCGCCAAGAUGCACGAGAAGUUGUGUGGUGAUGGAGGGAGUUGCUAAGUAUCCGAAGUUACCACCGACUUCCAGCUCUUGACGAAAAACUAGUGUAUAACGUCUCAAUACACGAUUCUCCAACGAUUUGUGCCACGCUCAGUUCUCUCCAGUACUACUUAGCGAAAUCUUUUCCGAAGCAUGCAGAUCCCCGCAGAUCGUUACUCCUUGGGCUACGCUCUAGAACACGUAUUCCCGUCCACUAACGCCCGUUAGUCUCCACCUUUUAAGUGCUUCUCCAAACGCCCGAACACG